UUUGGAACUGUUCUUCGACUUAGAAAGGCAAUUAUUAGUAACCAAGAUACCGGCAUUAAAAAUGCUAAUUCGUUCGAAAAUGGUUUUACAAUUUCAUACGCUUCCUCGGUCAUUGGGCCUCUUCUUGGUGAUGAAUAUAUUAGUAAAUCGAUAUUGUUAGAAGUUCCUCAAACGUUUCUGAAGGCGUUGUCAGAAGCUAUCCGUCCUAUGCGUCCUAGCGAUCGAAUUUGUAAAGAUAUUGAUUUCAAUCAACUCUAUGGCAUAUUAACACUUGAUCAUACAAGAUUUGCAUCUGAUGCAAAUCUUACAUUAUCUAUUGAACUUAAG